AUGAAACUGGAGAAGAACUGUUCCUGGGAAAAUGCGACAGUAGAGCUGUUGGUGGAGUUCAUCAACACAAGUAUGGCAAAGAACAUCGACUCUUUCGAACAACAUACGACCCGAAUCGGACGUCUACGGAUGAGAAGAUGUGGUCCAACACCAGCUUUGACUAUCUUCGUUGCUUACGCUCCAACAUCAAGCUACGAAGAAGAAGUCGAAGCUUUCUAUAUAGACCUGGAGAAGUUCUACUGA